CUUUUUCGUAAAAUACAUAUGUUCACGUCACAAGCUGUCAUGGAGUGUUGAUAGAAUUUGGUGGAAAUUAUAAACAAUCAGAAUUAUGGAUAAUAUGAGUUUAAAGGAGAUUCAAAGCAAGCUAUUGCUAUGGGAGUCUGCAGACAAUCCCUUAGCACCACUCACGUCGGAUCAAAGAGAAGCUAUCCUUGAUUUAGAGUCUCUAAUACUCGGUGUUUCCACGAAUUUGGAUGAUGACAAACCGGAAGUCAUAUCAAAUGAUGAGACAGAAAAGAACAAUAUUCCCUCUGUGGACACUACAUACGACUUUCUGGAGUGGUACGAGAGCUUAUGUGAUGGUAACCUGAAGGCUGAUGAUAAACCGUAUGAGGCAUACCAUAAGCAGCUUGAUGAUAGGAGGAAUGAAUGUGUUGCGUUGACGGAUCAGAUUGGUGCCACCAUGUCAGACCUGGAGAAACUGUCAGAACAGUACAACUUUGUGUCUAACAAAACAAAUGCACUGCACACUAUGAGUGAACAGUUGCUUGCUGACCAAAACAAACUCUCUAGUAUAGGUGAUGAUAUCAAAACCAAGCUUCACUACUUCACUCAAGUGGAGCACCUGUCACAGAGGCUGAACAGCACCACCAUGUCUGUCAACAGUGAGACAUUCUUCAAUGUGCUGGCUAAGAUAGACGAGUGUCUGGAUUAUAUGAGGACUAAUAACAACUUCAAAGAAUCGCACACGUACUUAGUAAAGUACCGUCACUUACAAAGCCGGGCUAUUUCCCUCAUCCGAUCCUACGUGACCCACGUGCUGAACCAUGCCACAGAACAGAUGCUGGCUCCCAAGGACGAGGAUCCGAAUGACCAGGAAACCAUGGACACUGCUUAUGCGGUGUACUUUGGGAAGUUUCAGGCGGCUGCGCCUAAGUUGAGGAUGGUUAUUAGUGAAAUUGAGGCGAGGGCUGAGAAGAAUGCUGACUACGCAUCCCUCCUAUCGGACGUACAACGCGAGUACGCAUCCCGGCGCUCUCGCGUGGCGGGCGCAGCCACGGGCGGAGCCUUACAAGCCGCGGCCGCACGACAGCUGCGCGACCACUGCUCGCUCGCACGUGCCGCGUGCUCACUGCUCGCACACGCGUGUAGAGACGAGUGCGCGUUGUACAGCCACUUCUUUGCUAACCCAUCGCCGGCAUUAGAAGAGUACCUGCAAUCGUUGUGUACGGGACUAUACGAAACACUACGGCCUCACAUCAUACAUAUAAACCACUUGGAAACUCUCGCUGAACUGUGCGUCAUACUCAGAGUGGAAGUUAUUGAAGAACAAGUCAAUAAUGACCCGGUCCGCCUGGCGGCACUGGGCCAGUGUGCCCUGGCGCUGCUGCAGGACGCGCAGGAGCGGCUCGUGUUCCGCGCGCACGUGCACCUCCGCGCGGACGUGCUGCUGUACCGCGCCGCGCCCGGGGACCUCGCCUACCCGCACAAACUGCUCAUGAUGGAGCAAAUCGCGAUGUCAAUCCAAGAGCAAUCCCUCAAGCGAAGCGACUCCCGCAACUCCAUGAUAUCUGACAUAUCCGCCACAUCACAAGAAGUUGCCAACAUCAACGUGGAAGCCCAACGAAGACCCCAAGCCUCACCAGCUGACCUUCACGGCAUGUGGUACCCAGGAGUCCGAAGAACAUUAGCAGCAUUAUCAAGAUUAUACCGCUGUCUUGAAAAGAAAGUCUUCCAGGGCCUAGCUCAAGAAGCUAUCUCCCUAUGUGUCCAAAGUGUUGACAGUGCUGCAAAACAAAUAUCAGCAAACACAACUAAUAUAGACGGGGAAUUGUUCCAAAUAAAACAUUUGCUGAUCUUAAGAGAGCAAAUCGCACCCUUCCAAGUUGACUUUAUAGUAAAGGAAACGACUUUAGACUUUAGCAAUAUGAAGAAUGCUGCUUAUGGUCUUAUCCAGAAGCCAAGACAGAUAUUCUCGUUAAACAGUAAUAAUGCUUUGUUAGAGUUCUUGUUGGAAGGUACUCCGAUGGUGAGGGAACAUCUCUUGGACUCCAGAAAGGAGGUUGAUAGACAGCUGAAGACUUGUUGCGAAACUUUCAUCAAAAAUGCUACGGAAAUACUCGUUGGACCCAUGAUUGCGUUUAUUGAGAAGGCAACAGCAUUCACCCCCAUAGAGCAACUGAAGACCCAGCCGUGGGCCACACCAGAAGAGAUGGCGGCCGCCGUGAAAGAGGCUCAGAAGAAGAUACGAGCCCACCUCGCACCGCUGCAGCGAUCCAUGCAGCUGUACCUAGCUAAUAAGGAGACCGAGUUUAUAUUGUUUAGACCUAUUCGGAAUAACGUCGUAGGCUACUUCCUACAAAUUGAACAGCUGCUUACCAACGCUGGUUACACGGACGAAGACGCUCUCAUCGUGGCCUGUCCUACCCCAGAACAGGUGUCUGUCUUCAUAUCCUCGGCCAGCCUCAUCAGCCAUAGUGAACCAGUUCAGCCGUAUGGUAGCAAGAUCAAGCCUACUGUUAUAAGGAAACCUAGUGUAACUAGUGUUAAGGAGAAAGAGGAAAAUACGGGUGUGGAAGCUAGUAAUGUUACUAUUUAGACUCGUAAAUGAAGAGGUUAAAUGAAUAUGUACUAUAGUUAUAAUUGUAUUGUAUUUAUUAUGUUAGUGUUGAAUGACACAGUAGUGUGUAUAAUAUUGGAUUUUAUUGUGAAACUCCCUUGUCAAGCUUGUGUUAGCUAUCAAAGGGCAGCCAUAACCAACUUGAAUUUAUUUAUUUCUUGAAUGUUAUUGUUUAUGCCUACUUGAUUAUUAAAAUAUGAAUUUUUAUCCAAUAUAGAAAUAACAAAAUACGAAUUAUGUUUAUUUACAUGUUUAUUUCUUAUUCUUCUAUAAUAAAUACAAAUUCCACCAAGAACAUUGUGUUUUAUUACAAUAAAACAACAGACAUUGGGAGAAAAAUGUUUAAUGCGUUUUUUUCCGAUCUUAACUGAUUUAAAUAAUGUUUAAUUGUUUCUAUUAAUGUACAACUACAAUUGUUUACACCCUAAGCCAGUACAUUCCAGCGCGGAUCCUAGUGUAGUCUGGAAGUGCUUCAGUGGGCCCGACAGUGGCCACGGCAGGGCAGCGGUCAUACAGGUACUUGUAGCACACAUCACGCACGUUCUGCACGGAGACAGCUUCAAUACGGGCAUCCAACUCAUGGAUGGGGAUGCGGCGGUUGUAGCACAACAUUUGACGACCAAUGUCUUCACACACAGGGGUGGUGCCGUCCAGCUGGAGCAGCAUGUUGGUCUUGAGGAGGUUCCUGGCACGCUCAACCUCACCCUCAGUGACUGAUGUGCAGAGCUUCAUCCACUCCUUCUGGACAUUGUACAACAUAUCUUCCAACUGCAUGGGUUCAGCUACAAAGUAAAUGCCCCAAAGUCCAGUAUCCUUGUAGCAUGUGUUGAAGGACUGGAAGCUGUGGCAAAGAUUGCCAGCAGAGGCAGCACGGGCCAGGUAGGAGGCGUUGUUGACACCACCACCCUGGGAACGGUCCCAAGCUCCGAUAAGAGUGUUGGCAACCAUCAGAGGAAUGUUGUCAGCAUCAGUCCAUCCUGCACCCUCUACAGCAAUGGCAACAUGAGCCAGGGGCAUGGAGUCAUCACGCACUCUGAUCUCAGAGCCAGUGUAACGGCAUGGGCUCAGCUCUACAUCAGAUACAGUGUUCUUGAGGCCACUGAAGUGCUUGUUGGCAAGGUCGACCAACUUCUGGUGGUCAACUCCACCAGCUCCAGCUAGAACAAUGCGAGAAGGCUGGUAGUGGGUCUUGAUGUAGUUUUGAAGGUCAGCCUUGGAGAUCUUCUUGAUGUUCUUGGUAGGUCCUAAGAUGGUCUGGCCCAAGGGUGUGCCUUGGAAGGCAGUGGCAUGAAGGUGAUCAAAUACAACUUCUUGUAGGUUACUUUCAACAUCUUGCAUUUCGCGGAGGAUGACACCUCGUUCUCGUUCGAUUUCGGGCUCUGCGAGCGAAGAGUUCUGAAUAAUGUCAGCAAGGAUCUCAACGGCGGCUGGUACGUCGUUAGCAAGGCAUUUAGCAUAAAACACGGUCUGUUCCCGAGAGGUGUACGCGUUCAAGUGAGCACCCAUGUUUUCUACGAGUAGUUCUAAGUCGGUUUGCGACCUCUUGCUUGUACCUUUGAACGCCAUGUGUUCAAGAAAAUGAGCGACUCCAUUGUUUUUGGAGUUUUCGUACCUGGAUCCGGCGUCAAUCCACAGUCCUACGGUGGCGGUCGCAGCACCGGAAUCUUCAGACGCAACGCGGAUUCCAUUAUCUAACACUGAGAGUUUUGUUGGUGGGACGUUGACUAAUGCCUCCUUGUAACCUGCGGCUGUGGCUGUGGCCAAACAACGCACCUGAUUGCCCUGUUUUGAGACUAAUCUCAAAGUAGUCGCCAACUUCAACAUUUUUGCUGUGAUUCUGAUCCUUUAUAUUAUAAAUUUUUGCUCGCAGAUUUACGUAAUAAAUGGGCAAUAGUUCCAAGACGUCAAAAAA